AUGGCGAUGCGUGGGGGCCAAGGGAUGGACGGUGGUGAAGAGGGAUGUUGCAAACGAGAGGAUAACAAACCAAAGUGUGAGGAUAGAGUUGACAGAGUUUUAUUGACACUGGAUGCGGUGCUCGAAUUGAGCGAGCAAGCGAGUGAGCGAGUGAGCGAGACGGACCUGCUCGAAAACAAGGACCAGGACCAGGACCAUGAAAGCGAGUCGCACAUGAUUCACAAAUAA